CGAACCACCACUUUCACUUUGCUUCUUGGUCCUGAAAGGAAAGCCAAAGUUGGACUUUUGCUUUGCCCACACAUCGACCACAUUUUAGUCUAGUCUACCGUAGCUAUAUGAAAUCCUGCGUUGACUGCAUUUGCCAUCAUGUUUCGUCGGUCCAGCCACGAUGAUGACGAUGCCAUGAUGAGAGACAAUUCGGAAAACUCGGUACCGCCCCACCAUCGGUUUCCACCAACGUCAAGUUACCAUGACACAUCAUCCACACCCAAGCAGCACCAUCCAUCUCUUAUUACCGGUAGCACCAGUCGAUUAUCCACCGACAUUUUCCGGAAUUCCUUUGCCAUUGACAAUCGAGUACGAACGCCACUCUAUCCCAUUCCACAACACUAUCACCGCCAGCAGCAUGAAUUACUCCAGCAGAGGACUCCCUAUCAGCGCUCUUCCUUGUUUGGACGAAGAAUAGACUCAAGCCACCAGCAGGAACCAACACGACAACGACAACCACAACAGCAGCAUCAAAGGCGUCAUGCUCUGACUCCACCCAUUGACAGUGAUACGCUUCAGCCUGUCGUCGAUGUAGAGGCACCUGCGUCGCAUGUCAAAGUACCAAGGCGAAACUCCUUAUUGCGACGACAUGCCAACGAUGUGACUUCUGCCAUCACCAGUUCUCCCUAUUCCAUUGACGAAGCCACUACGUAUGAAGACAAUGAUGAAAGUAAGGAUCACAUUUCCGUCAAAUCGUCCAGGAGUAAUUUGUUUGGAGAAGAUAUUUCUGUAGCCGCCAGUGUCCGAACCAGUUUUGGACAAGGAGCACACAGCGACAACGACGAAGAAGAGGACGAGGAUGUCCGGUACUGCUAUUCCCCUGGUUCGACCGAUUUUCACGAUGUAGAACUGCAACACUCAUCAUCCACGAAUCGGGACGGCCAAAUACUCAAAGACAUGCCAGUCAUCGGUGGCCCCAUGUCGGCCAAAAAGAGACCAUCCAAUCAGUCUCAGCUCUCGGCUAAUACAACUACUUCUAGCAGUGCGAGGAGACCCAGUAUGCCACAAGUGUCCAAACUGGUGCAGCAUGUUGGAAAAUGGACACAAAAGGAAGUAAUUGCGCCCGUCGCCAGAACGGCAGGACUCAAAGCGCAAAAGCUCAUACAUCAAUAUCGCCCUCCACCUUCACCACGCUCCAGAAAUAUGUCAUCACUCAAAUUUCUACGAGAUGCGCACAAAGUGAAGGUCAACAGUCUCUCCAACAUUGAGCACGAGGAUCAUUUUGAUUUUGCCCUCGUGCUGACUCCACAAGAAGUCUAUGCGUACUGGGCAGACUUGUUGGACUUUCGGGUGGAGCAACUAGGAGAGGAGGCCGCUCAAGCCAUAGAGGCUGCCACGAGUGAAGGUUUCAAAACAGAAAAUCAAGCCAGCAACUUGUCACCGAGAAGCACUUUUGAAACCAUGCCUUCCACAUCAUCCGAGGAAUCACCCAAUCGACCCGUCGACGAAGAACAGCCAGAGUCACCCCUCGAAGCAGCCAGGGAUUUCUCGACACCAUCCACGGGUAUCCACCAACGGCGUGGCAGGAGGCUCAAUAGUAUCGACUCCAUCACUACAGAGACUCCCGAUGUGACGGCAUCCAUGUCUCGAAGCCGCCGGAACUUCCCGCUGCCAUCGCCAUAUCACACUCUCGCAUCCUCGCAAAAAUCGGUCGUUCCAAGAACCAGUCUUUUUGAACGAGCCUUGGGCCCUCUUGAACUCACCACUCCGUCUCAUCGACUAUCGUCAGAGGGCAAUGCGUUCCAUCGGAACGAGGAAACGUCAAGGUCAACAAUCGGUAUGAUGGAUGUAACCCCAAACACUACUGUUUCGGCCAAUCGAAGAAGAUGGGGUCCGCAUUCCUUGAAUGGAGCUUUGCAAACGCCCCACUGCAUGAUGUCACCACCCAUACGGUCCAUCUCCCAUGGUGGCUCGUCCUCGGUACUGCCGAAACGCACGACAAUCCGCAAUAAUAGAACCAUUGGUAAUCCCUCGGUGCCCGAAGGACGUGGAGACGACAACGAGCUUUCACCUGGAGGAUCCCAACGACAAGAACUCAAUAGCUUGAGAAUCGAAGAUAUUCCGUCGCAUGUCAUCCCAAGAGGCAUUGCUGCUCGAACCAAUGGCAUGGUUCAAUUCCUGUCAGCACUGAAGCGGGGCGUCGUUGUGCGCCGGCAUCGGAGUGGGAUGGAACCAAUAUUCUGUAAAAUCUCAUCGAACGACGGUGGAGAUACCAUCAGUUUUGACUAUGUUGAGCCGGAAGACGCCUUGAAUGCGUUCAAAGAGCAGCGGGUUCGAUACAAUCGAAAAGACGCGGCUAGCCGAAGUCAAGCAAAACCUUGGAGCUACCAAGAAGGCAACGAAGAGGACACUGAGUUUCAGAAUCACAAUUUUAGCGUCCCUGAUUUUAUCGCUGCCAAACAGUUUCGAGAAAAGCAACUUCGAGAAAAGGGCUUGUCGAGAAAGGUGACUGAUGCUGUUACCAAAGUGACAAGAAGCGGGCAGUUUCGUGCCAGCGACAUGGUAGCUGUUCAUCCUGCACGUCAUGAAGAUCCGAGAUCAGACAAGGGCGAACUCGGAACUUCAACGUUGCGACGAUCAAAGGCUGAACAUUCGACCCAACUCACCUUUUCGGUUGUGUGCAGGGUCGUCCAGCGGUUUCCUGGAGCAGCCAACAAAACAAUUGAGUCCUUUGAGAACAAAUGGUACAAGGGAGAAGGCAGUGACGUUCAGUUUCGAUACAUGGACUUUGAAGCGGCAACCGAGGGCGAAUAUUGGCUGAUGUUUCGUGGGUUUCUUUUGCUUCAUCGUGAUGCAGCAGCUGGGCGGUUUGCAGCCCAUAGAACAGCAGGGAUUGGGUCACACGUCAAUCGACUCGAUCUGGAGCAACGCGAACUGGCCGAUUUCGAUGCUCAAAACGCUCUUCACAGGGAUGAAUUCCACGAGCCUGUUACUCCUAGUCUCUUGGAGAGGACCAUUGUGAAGAUACGAAAAAUGGAUACAACAUACAUGGAAGGGUACGUUUUGCCAGGUGCCGUGCCUCCUCCAUCAGAUUACUUCCUCGGCUUUCGUUCCUCGGGCACGCAGAUUUGGAGUCGACUGCGACAGGCUGGCCUAGAAACUCAUCGAAUCUACAAUGUCGACACGAAAAGUGUCAUGAUCAAAGUGAGGUGCCCAGAAGACCGCUUGAUGGAUGUUGCCGAGGUUUUGAGAGUCAAAUUGAAGACCCGCCAAGGUUCCUUUGCUCCUUUUCGCGAGGAUUCCAUUGAACAGUUUCGUCCUGUGAACGAUGAUUUGGAAUCGCCGUUCUAUCAGUACCAAGCUGCCACUCUGUUCCGCUCUUCACACCGACAGACAAUCAUUGAUUUCAUCAUUGGGUCGAGGAUUCGCGACUCGGGAGCGGAGCUUGGCCAGACUACCGAUCUUGGCAAAAUGAUUUCAGCUAGAGUCCCUCUUCACGCCCCUAGGAAACUGGACAGGUUGUACACAUCAAUGUGUUACUUUUGGCGCAAGGAGAAUUGGAGGGGACGCGACGGAUGCUGCCUGCGGAUUGACAAGGAUCCCAUGGACAAGAACAUGGAUUCGGUUGAAUUGAGUGAAGAAGACAAGGCUGUGUUGGAACACCACAUCCCGAAUCUCUUCUACCGCUUUUUCAUUGGAAGCUUCUUUCAACCGCUAGAUUCGGUCGAGGAGUACUUUGGCGAAAAGGUUGCCUUUUACUUUGCUUGGCUGCAGCACUGCUCCUCGCACUUGCUCGUGUUGACAUGCGCGGGCAUGAUUGUUUUUGCCUGCAUGCUAGUCAGCGAAAACUGGGACCAUGCAAUUCGUCCCUACUGGUCAAUCUUCGUCAUGCUCUGGUCCUUUUCUGUUUUGAUCAACUGGCGAAAGAGAUCGAACUUUCUUGCCUAUCGCUGGGGCACGAUCGAUUACAAAGAACAGGAGACGACACGCCCGCAAUUCAAGGGGAACUACGUCGUUGACGAAAUCACCCAAGAAUGGGUCGUCACUUAUCCAAAAUGGAAGCGAUGGGCCAAGUACCUGAUAAGCCUUCCAUUGACGCUUGGAUUCACCUUUGGAACGCUCCUAAUCAUUCUCAUGUUCCACGCAAAUCGUGACCUUCACAUGGCAAAGUACAUGGAGCAGGCGUCCAACCCAGAUGCUGAGCCCUUUCAAUUCACGUUCUCCCUCAGCGCCAUUGGCAAAUCGGCCCCAACUACGGAAAUCGAGAUUACAAGGAAAUUCUUAAUGGAUCCAACCUUUUUGCUCAUUCUCGUCGGAUUACCGAGUAUUUUGGGUUUGAGUUUGCCGUUGCUCAAUUUCAUCCUCAUGAACGUGUCCUACGUGCUGAACGAUUUCGAGAACUAUCGCACGCAUUCCGAGUACCGAACCAACUUGAUCAUCAAAGUGUUUUCGUUCCGGUUCAUCUGUUACUUUGCCAGUCUCUACUACUACGCCUUUGUUUCGAUUGGAUCUGAACAAGCCAUCAAAAACGGAAUCGUGCGCGUCUCGUCAGGAGUUCUGGUGUACACGACGGUUGCACAAUGGUGGAAUCUAUUUCUACAGGUGUACUUUCCUCUACUCAUAUACAAAAUCCGUAUGAGACUGAGACGCAAACGACUGCUGGAAGCAUUGGCAGAAGUCGAGAUGGAAGAAGCCGAUUUACUCAACAACCCGCAGGAAAGCGAAGAAGUAGACAGCAAGAAAAGACAGCUGCGUUUGGUGAACAAGCGAUUACUUUUGGAACAGGCCCAGGACGAGACUUGGCUUGAGUGUCUCAGACCAGAGCACGACAGUUUCCCAGAGUACAUCGCGGCAGUUGUGCAGUUUGCCUACGUCACUUGCUUCAGCGUCGUUCUUCCAAUUACUCCCCUCAUCUGUCUCAUCAACUACCUGGUAUGCAUGCGGCUUGACGCCUACAAAGUGUGCAAGGUGAGGCGACGACCAUUGUCCGAGAAGACAGGAGGAAUCGGCGUUUGGGAGCACUUGCUUCACAUUGUGGUUGUGAUUGCCGUCCUGACAAAUUGCUGGCUCAUGGGAUUCACGCAUCACCAAUUCCUCUGGAUCGGAGAGGAGCUUGGGAACGUAACCGUCUUUUUGAUGGUCGUAGGGGCCGAACAUGCACUACUGUUGGUGAAGUAUGUCAUGCAUGCUACCUGUUCAACGCUGCCCAAGUCUGUCAAAGACGACAUGAGGCGGGAGCAAUACCAGCAAGCCCGUCACAGAAAUGAAGUCUUGCAAGAGAAGAAGAGACGAUCCCAGUUCCAAAAGGCAUCUAGUUUCCGUCGUUCUGGCACCACCAUGGACUCUGAUUUUCCUGGAGACAUUACGGACGACCGGACUCGGUUGAGCGAAUUUUAGGUGGCUUUGUCUCUAUACUUUAUGUGUUCUAAAGAGUUGUCUCUUUCGUUGAGUGCCGGUAUUGUGUCUCUGGUAUGGUUCCAUGGUUCCAGUGUAAAAGUGUAAAAAACCGCUAAUGUAGCUAUUGCUUACAACUG